AGCGCACCACUCGACACGCUAGAGUUGGUCAUGCCCGGCCCGCCAGAGGAUCGGUGGUAGUGCGGGCACACCUACGUCAACGCCACCCGCCCCAUGGUUUCUUGCUUGUCAUUCUCGCUCGUCCUCUUGUCCUCAUUUAUUCACCCAGCCUUCGUCAUCGACAAUCUUCCUCUGCACACAUAGCUUUGCCUUCGCCUGGUUCAAGCCGCGAAAGCGCACUCGCCGCCACUGACAUAUACUGCUUCUCGCCCUCAUGGAUUUUGUGCCCGAUAUUGGUUCCUUGGAGACAUCAACCCACGCGCACUGUAUCCAGCUUCGACGAGGCCGAUUGCGAACACCGUCCUGACGCAGCAUCGACUGACCAAGCAUCUUUGCCAUCUCUCAACUACCUGCAACUGCGCAACGUGAAUCGGGGCGAUACUGAAUUCGACCUCAUCCGAAAUCGCCAGAGCACGCUGCCUCGGACGCCGCUUUACUCAUCUCGCACAGCGCCCGUCGGCGACGGCGGCCACGCCGCGUAGAGAACGACAAUGAACCACGCCAGGGUCAAGGCCCUCAAGGGCACCGCCGGCAAGACGGUGUCCAGAAAGGCACAAAAGUCUGGCCGCGCGUCGGGCGCUCUGACGCCUCAAGGAUCAUCGCCCAUGGCCUCUCUCCUGACUUCGCCUUCCAAUUCCGCGGCGCAUAGCCGAGUCGCGUCCGACGUCAGCGACGACGACGAGGAAGGCGACUUUGAGUUCGACGACAUGGCGUCGAGCAUACACUCCAGCGGCUCUGGAGUUGAGGCGUCCCAGGAAAUCGGCGGUUCCUUCGAUGUCCACGCGCUCAUGGAGAAUUUGCAAGAUAAGAAGCGCAACAACACUGAACUACGUGAACAGUAUCUCCAGAUCUUUAUCAAAUACAUUCGGACGCGGUACACGCCUGAGACUCACCACUGGUUGGACGACGCUGCUCAUGCUCUCACCGACAUCUUUCUCAAGGAUGCGAAUCGCGGCGCAAGUGCCAGAGAGCGCCUGCUGAGCCUGCAAGCAUACUGUUUGACCAUCGGCACCGUGGAAGAUAUGGAUGCGUUCGAGGCCGGCAGCAAAUCUCUGAAGCAGAUCUUGAGAGACGAUGACGACGAAGAAUGCCAGGUCUACGCCAUUUACGCCCUGUGCAUGACGGCUCUCUACGGCGGAGGCGUGGAAGAAGCCGCCCUCGAGCUAAUGGAGUAUAUGAUUGAAAUAAUCGAUACGGACGGAGAAAGUGUCGAGGCGCACGACAAUGCGGCGGUGGUAUGCGCAGCGAUGCAGGGCUGGGCAUUCAUUGCCAGCCAUGUGGACGACUAUGCCGACUAUGCCGACACGGCCAUGGACGCUUUUGUGGAGCAGCUGGACAGCAGCGACAUUGAGAUCCAGUCUCAUGCGGGCAACUGCAUUGCACUUAUCUACGAAUCAUCGCGCAACCACGAAGAGGAGACGGGAGAACCAUUUCAGCUCCCAUACGACCCCCAACGACUUGCCGCCAAGCUCAACGAGCUGGCAAAGCUGAGCGCAAAGUCGGUGUCGAGGAAGUCCCGCAGAGAUCUUCGCCAGAGCCUAUUGUCCGCCGUUACCUCCCUUGAACGGGGCGUGGGGCCAUACUACUCGACCGCCCUGUAUAUUCCGGAGAAGGAUUCCUUUGUGCCACCCUCAUUACGAACCGACGACGGGCGGGCGGAAUACGGGUAUCGCUGCAAACUUCGGCUCGGGAACCACACGGCCCGAGUCGACUCGUGGUCUCUAUUCUCAAGAGCGGAGAUGAUGAAGAUUCUGUUCCGGGGCGGCUUGCAGAACCACAUCUUCAUCAACCCAGUCGUUACGGACUGUUUGGAAGACGCGGACUGGGCAGAAACAUAUACGAGCGAGGAGCACGACAGGAAACCGAAACCGUCCACAAAGGCUCGCAAGAGAUGAGCGAGUGCUAUUGUCUGGGAACAAUGCUGCGGGCAAUGAGAGCGCUCAUUGGGGCGUUACAGUCAGGGGCGCAGGGUUGGGUACAAGCCCAGGGCGAAUAGAACUCUCAGGUUUCGCACGUGCAGGCACGAACGAUGCAGUAGUAGAUACGGCUAACAGCCUAGAUUCACUUUUGAAUCUGAUGAUAUUCAGGCGCUGGCAACCCUCUUCCCCUUUGUCCCGAACGUAAUGCGCGGGAGGUCAUCAUCUUGGCUGAAUGUCAAGGUGAUUGUCGAAAAAGCCAAAGCGGUCGUGUUUUCGCUUAAUGACGGAUAGCUCAUCGACAUUCUGCCCAUAAUACGAUUGGAGAGCGUCCGUCGAGAUGUUGGCAUCCACGUAUCCGGCGUAGGACGCA